AUGAUCAGAACUCUCUCAACUAAAAUUGGUUACUCUGAUCAAGUGUUGAAUCGUUCUGUGAUCAUCUCAACCAAUGAUAAUAUUUACCGUAAUCUUGCCCUAGAGGAUUGGCUCUAUAACAAAUAUCCUGUUGUAAAUAAAUCAAAAACCUGGUAUCGUUUGUUGUUAUGGCAUAACAAACCUUGUAUUGUACUUGGUCGUCAUCAAAACCCUUGGAAUGAAGUCCACAUUAACCGUUGUCAAACACUUGGAAUACCUAUUGCAAGACGUAACAGUGGCGGAGGAACAGUUUUCCAUGAUUUAGGAAAUCUUAAUUUGUGUUUUCUCUCAGACAAAAAAUCUUACAAUCGAAAAAGAAACAACGAAUUGAUCAUCAGAACUUUAAAUAAAUAUUAUGGAGUCAAUUGUGAAAUAUCCAGCCGAGAAAAUUUAAUCACUAAAGAUGGUGGUUUCAAAGUUUCUGGAACAGCCUCAAAACUUAGCUCAUUAUCAGCAUAUCAUCAUUGCACUUUAAUGCUGAAUGUUGAUUUAACAUUAAUGGUUAAAGUAACUAAAACUGGUUGUCAUUUAUUCGAGAACAAAGCAACUCCAAGUGUACAUGCAUCCGUUGAAAAUUUGUGUUCAAUCUGUCCAAGUAUCAAUAUGAAUAAUUUUAUUUCUAAUAUAUCAUCAGAAUUUAUCAACGAAUUUGGAGAUAAUGGAAUCAUUGAAGUCGAUCCAGAUGACAGGAAAUUUAACGAUAUCGAUGCGAAAUAUGAUGAACUGACCAGCUGGAAAUGGAUAUUCGGUAAAACGCCAAAAUUCGAAAUUACUUAUGAAGAUUUCGGGAUAAAAUGCAAACUGGUCGUUAACUAUGGAUUAAUUGAGAAAGUUGAAACUUUGCCAUGUAUGGAUUUUUCGUUUCUCAAGGGUGUCAGAUUUGUUAGAGAAGACGUUAUAGCUGGUUUCAUUUGCAAUGAACAUGAAUUUGAUCAAGAUUAUUUGGUUGCUAGAUAA